AUGCCCAGAGCGCGCCAGCGAUUAAACCUUAGUCAGGUACACGCAAGAGCGAACGACGCACAAGCACAAGCACGCACACUGCACAACACAGCGAAUGAUUGUCGCAGCUUUGGCAAGGCCCCCAGAAAGUCGCGGUAUUCUGAGAAGCUGUUCUGCUGCUGGCUUUUGGCUUUUGGCUUCUGGAACGUGUUCCUCCAAAAUUAUGCGACAGCGAACCUGUUGCUCAUUCCCCGGUGGAAUUCGACAACUAUAAGCUCAAACGGCCGGGAAAGAAAGAAAGACAGACUAAGGAGAAGAGUUGAUGAGUCCAGACUCCGAGUGAGAAACGGGGAGUCGAGGAGCAAUGGUACCUGA